CUCUCUCUCUCCUCUCAGUGAUCGGGAACCCAAUUUUCGGCGUGGACUCGUGAUCGGGGCUCCAACUCAAACUCCUCUCGUUCUCUUCCUCAAAGCUCGAAAGUUCGUACAUCGCACAUAUCCAGUGAUGGCACCAGGUGGGAGACGUCGUUCGAGUACUGGAUCUACCCCUUCCACCCGUGAUGCGGCGGAGACAGCAUCGCCGUCACAUGUUGCAUCACAGGCAUCUGAUCCAUCAAUCGUUCAUACACCGAGCACUGCAUCAUCGUCGACCAGCCGACGAGGACGUGGACCCACGCGUGGGUUAGUUUUACAGAGACUUACGUAUGAGGGUAGGGUGACAGUAGAGUUCUCACAGGACUGCCUUAGACCUGUUGGGGACAAUGCCAGGUUGUUUACAUCGGAGGUCGGUAUCUUAUGUCGAUCUCUGAUCCCUACCACCACCCCCCGUUGGGUAGACGUGACAGAUGAUGUGCGGCAGCACAUUCGUCAGCGCCUUACGGAUAAAUUUGUCUUGGAUUUGAGUGUUCCGUACAUUUCCCAUGCCGUCGACGACAUGAUCAAGGACCGGUUUAAGGAGUACCGCAGUGAUUUACACCAGCGGUACAAGCGGGGCAGGAGCCUCGAGGAGGCCGUAUUGACCGCACCGCCGCACGUGACCAUUGACGAUUGGCGGAUACUCUGUGAGAGAUUUUCGUCUGAGUCUUUUCAGAAGAGGAGCAAAAUAAAUUCUGCGAAUAGGGGAAAGUUGGAAGUGAACCACAUAGCUGGUUCAAAGUCAUUUGUACAACUUCGUCGCGACAUGCGAGAUUCCGUCACUGGACAGGAGCCCGGAUCAGUAGACUUCUACAGAGAGACUCAUUAUCGGCAGGCGACGGGAUCUUGGGUACAUCUUUCAGCCAGCGAGAAUUGGGCGGCGAUGGACACCAUACGCAGUCAACCCACUCCCGAUGGUACUCAGCGGAGUGAGCCAGAGAUCCUGAGCGAGGUGCUUGGCACACGUUCUGGAUAUGUGCGUAGGCUUGGCCAUGGUGCCAAGCUCAUGGCACCCGCUAGAGUUGCAUCCAGUCGAUCCGUCGCUGACGAGAGCACCAUACGCCGAGCUGAUAUCGCAGAGAAAGAGAGCAUCCUGAAUUUUGUACCAAGUGAUCUUUAUGGAACGGGAUGUCCGAAUAUCCGAGGUUGGGAAGUAGAUUGGGUUGCAUGUGAUAAGGUCACCGCAACCGUUUGCACGUCGUCAUACCUAGAGGUGGGCAUCGGUCCUGAUCGGAGCGGAUUGGGUUCAACCUGA